AUGGCGUUGGUUGUAACGAAAAGCCCACUGUUUAAGCGACUUGGCGACGAAACAGUGAAAUUGGUGGUCACAAGUCUUUGCGAACACCCCAGAAUCUUCACUGUCCACAAACAGUUACUCUGUCAAAAGAUUCCAUACUUCGACAAGAUGUUCAAUGGCCCGUUCGCGGAAGGUACAACACAGUCGGCGACCCUGCACGAAGAUGAUCCCCUGGCUGUCGAAUCCAUGCUCGGCUGGGUCUAUCUGGACAAAAUUGAGAUCGUCGAUGAUGGUGGCUCUCUUUAUCUCAACCGUUACAUCCAUCUGUUCUCUUUGGCUGAGAAGUAUCAUAUCACUACACUGGCUGAUUAG